CCUUUUCUUUCAUCGUCAACGUUUCAUUUUCUCCCAAACAAAUAAAGAAUCACUCUCCUCCUGCUCCACCCACUCUCAACUCGCAAUCAAAACGCUAAAUCUACAGUGUCGUUUUGCUCAUUCUCUUCUUCAAUGGCUGCCAAACUGUAUAUUGUGUACUAUUCCAUGUAUGGACAUGUGGAGAAACUGGCCGAGGAGAUCAAGAAAGGGGCUGCAUCUGUUGAAGGCGUUGAAGCCAAACUAUGGCAGGUUCCCGAGAUACUCCAUGAGGACGUGCUAGGAAAGAUGAGUGCACCACCAAAGAGUGACGUACCGAUCAUCACUCCUAACGACCUUGCCGAUGCUGAUGGGUUUAUUUUUGGCUUCCCAACAAGAUUUGGAAUGAUGGCUGCUCAAUUCAAAGCUUUUAUGGAUGCAACUGGCGGACUCUGGAGGACUCAGCAACUUGCCGGCAAACCUGCUGGAAUCUUCUAUAGCACUGGAUCUCAAGGUGGUGGACAAGAGACAACACCGUUAACUGCUAUAACUCAGCUUGUUCAUCACGGAAUGAUAUUUGUUCCGAUUGGUUACACAUUUGGAGCUGGCAUGUUCGAGAUGGAGCAAGUGAAAGGUGGAAGUCCUUAUGGUGCAGGAACUUACGCUGGCGAUGGAUCAAGACAGCCCUCGGAGCUGGAAUUGGAGCAAGCUUUCCACCAGGGGAAGUACAUUGCCGGCAUCACAAAGAAGUUGAAGGGAUCUGCAUAACUUCAACUGAUCACAAAAGUAUAGUUCGAUUGUUACAUUAUAUUUUUCUACUCGAUAGAUCAUGCACUUGCAAAAAAUAAUCAUUGCUUUGUUGGUUAUAAGCUGUGUUUGUGUGUUACACAUAAUAGUUUCUUAUCUCAAUAUAUCUGUAUCUCUUGGAUGGAUCAGAACAAGUUUUCUCCAUUUUGCCGUUCAUCGGCAUUGUCAGAUUUGAUAAUAUGAAUUAAGUUUUUUAUUUGUA